ACUACCGCUGAGGAAGACGAGCUCAUCGACAUUUGGGCCGACAUUUUGGGCCUGGAUCCGGCCGAGAUCACGCCUGACGACAAUUUCUUUGCCCUUGGUGGGAGCUCUGUCAAUGCCGUGCGAUUGGUGGUUGCGCAACGAUCGCGAGGUCUUGACUUUUCGAUAGCUAACGUCUUUCAAUGUCCAACAUUAAGGGACAUGGCCUUAUGGGCAAGCCCGGACGAGGCUGUUCUUGAAUUGACGGCGUCUUCUUCUUCUUCCUCUUCUUCUUCUUCUUCUUCGCCGUCAUCCUCCUUCAUUCCAGAACCAUUUGGAUUGUUGCCCGCCGGCAGCGAUCGGGCGAAGUUGUGUGCAGAGGCAUCUACAGAGUGCCAGGUCGCGGUGGACGAGAUUGAGGACAUCUAUCCCUGUACACCAUUGCAGCGAGGGUUGAUGUCCUUGUCGAUGCUCCAUGCCGGUACAUAUGUCGAGCAGUUUGUCUAUGCGAUUCCGCCUGACUGGGCGAUUCCCAAGGUACAGCAAGCAUGGGAAGCGGUAGUAAAGAGCUCUGAAACCUUGCGCAGUCGCAUCUUUCCCUCGGCGUCCCUCGAGGAGGAGUGGCUGCAGGUGGUGGUGGCCAGUCCCAUCCAUUGGGUAAUAGCCGAUGCCCCCGACACCACCCUACGGGCAUUUUUGGCAGCAGACGAGCAGCAGAAAAUCGGUUUGGGGACUCCGCUGGUGCGAUCUGCCGUUGUCGUCGACUCGCACCAGGCGACCAGCUAUUUGGUGCUGACGCUUCAUCACGCCGUGCAGGAUGGAUGGUCCAUUGAUCGCCUGCCGCAGCUGUUAACGUUCGCCUAUCUAGAGACGGCUGUUUCGCCUCGCCACGCUCCGUUUCGCAGCUUUGUCCAGCAUAAUCUCCGUCUGGAUCAUGCGGAGGCCGACCGAUAUUGGCAGUCGCUGUUGCAAGGACACACCGCGCCCGUGUUUCCCGCCCUUCCAGCGACAGUUACUCAGCCUCAUGACAACCAAACCGUCUGUGGGAGUAUCAAACAGAGAGCCUCCGCCACCAGAAGCCGAUUCACACCGUCGACUCUGGCGAGAGCCACCUGGGCGCUGGUUCAGUGGCGCUACACUGACAGCCCGGACGUGAUCUUUGGGGAAAUUCUGGCCGGUCGUACCCCCGAUAUUCCCAACGUGGAAGAUAUCUUCGGUCCCACCAUCACCACCGUCCCGGUCCGGCUCACCAUCGAGGACGCGUCGGUCGCGCUCGACGACUUUUUAGACCGGGUGCAGCGCGUGUACGGCGAUUUGAUGGCUCAUGAGCAGCAUGGCCUGGAUCGCAUUGGCCGAUGUGGCGAGGAUGCCAGGCGAGCGUGCCAGUUUCAGACGCUGGUCUUGAUUCAUCCCAAGGGCUCGACCGGGGGUAGCCCUAACCCGCCCGCCUUGACCCGUGAGGUCAUCGUCGAGAGCCGCAAUCCCUUGGGAUACGCCCUGACCGUCGAGUUCCGCUUCAGCGCAGAUGAUGGGGCUGAUUCGGCUGAGAUUGAGAUGAGCUUCGAUGACCGCGUGUUAGAACGGUCGCAAGUGGAGCGCAUGCUUAACCAGCUUCUCCACGUCUGGACACAGCUCCAUGACCAAACCCUCGACAGCCAACGACCCGUCAAGGCCAUCGAGGUAGCCAGCCCUCAAGACUAUCGCGAUGCAGUCGCCUUGAACUCGAUACCGCCGCUCGUAUCGUUUGACCAAUGUGUUCAUAAGGUCAUUUCGCUACGCAGUACGGCCUAUCCGACUGCCCCGGCGGUGGUCUAUGAGGAUAACACGUGGAGCUAUGAAGAACUCUUGCAACUGGCCUCGCAGGUGGCGGGGCUGGUGGCCAACACGGGGUUAAAGCCUGAGGGCUAUGCGGCUAUCUUGUUUGACAAGUCCCCUUGGGCUGUCGUCGCCAUGCUGGCCGUUCUCAAGGUAGGGGGUGCUUUCGUCCUUUUAGACCCCCAGCAACCGCUCUCGCGCCUUCAGAGUAUCAUAGAAACAGUCUCUGCUGGCGUGGUCCUCACAUCCGUGGGCCAAGAAUCGCUUGGCCUACAACUUCACCCCCGCGUUCUCGUAGUUAACCCCGCUGAGAUUAGCCAGCUGUCUGUAUGGUCCGACGAGAAUUCUGCCUUGGUCAGAUCCGAUCACGUCAUGUAUGUUACUUUCACGUCCGGGUCAACGGGAGUCCCCAAAGGGACAAUGAUUGAGCAUUCAAGCUGUCUGUCGGGCUUUCAGGCCCAGAUUGAUCGCGGACUCUUCAGCCGCGACACGCGAUCGCUUCAAUUUGCCUCCUACAGCUUUGAUACUGCCAUUGAAGAGAUCUUUGCCACCUUGCUCGCGGGAGGCUGUAUCUGUGUACCAUCCGAAGAUGAGCGGUUGCUAGAUCUGGCGGGGGCGAUACGACGCCUGGAGGUCAACCUGGUGCAGCUCACCACCGCAGCGGCAGCACUCUUGACUCCGGAGAGUGUGCCGCACAUCCGGUAUCUGCGACAGGGAGGCGAGCCCAUGCCGCGCAAAUUGAUCGAGACCUGGGCCAGUCGGCCCGGGGUACUCCAGAAUAGUUACGGGCCCAGCGAGUGCUCUGUUACCAGUACCGUGCAGACCGCAGUCGACGCCUCCAAUGCAAGCAAUAUUGGAGUGGGAUUCGGGUGCGUCACCUGGAUAGCGGAGCCUGACGAUCCACGGCGACUAGCGCCGAUUGGAGCCGUGGGCGAGCUCUUGAUCCAGGGUCCGAUUGUCGGUCGAGGGUACAUCAACCGGCCAGAAGAGACCGCUCGACGAUUUUUGUCCAACACAUUCUUCCCAGCGGACCAUGCGGCGGCACGAUAUCGAGUCUAUCGCACGGGCGAUCUAGCUCGUUAUGCCCCGGAUGGAACCAUCAUCAUUCUUGCCCGCCAAGACGAUCAGGUCAAGCUCCGUGGCCAGCGAAUUGAGCUGGGAGAAAUCGAGAGCGCCCUCUGCGACGAGGCCGACGGGGUGCAAUUGAGCGUGGCGGACCUGCCCAAGCAAGGCGCUAUGGCGGACACGAUCUUGGCGAUGGCCCAACUCGAUCCGCAAGUUCUCACUCUUCCCUCUUUUGGCGACGGUACAGAUGCGGAAACCUUCUGGGACACAGUACCGCAGACGCUGGCCCAGCCCAGCGUGCAGAAAGUCCUGCACCGUCUUCGGUCCCGUGUGCAGGAGCGUUUGCCCGCCUACAUGGUGCCAUCAUUUGUGAUCCCCGUCGGCCGGAUUCCGACUUUGACGAGCGGUAAACUUAACCGCAAGGCGGUACGACAAUUAAUGCUCCAGAUUACAUGGCCGCAGCGAGAACGACUGGCGCAAAGCCAUGAUCUGGCUGCGCAUUCCGCUGGUACGAGCCGUUUGGCUGCCGACGAAGAGCUAGCUCGACAGCUGGCUACUACCAUCCAACACCUCAUCCAUGGACAGCAAACGGGAAGACCGGCCACAGACUUCAGGCUGCAGUCUCUAGGACUUGACUCGGUGAAGGUCGUCACCCUGGGGCAUCGCAUUCUAAAGGACCACGGGGUGCGCAUCCCUCUCCCGGUUCUCAGUCACAGCGCGUUGACAGUACGUCAACUGGCCCAGCAUAUUGAGGCAGCUCAGAAGCAGGAGAAUGGCGAACAAAGCGGUGAACAGUCCACGUCUCCUACUGCUUCUCCCGCCGUCGACUGGACGAAGGAGCUGUCGGCCCUCAAAGCGCAGCUGCAACAUCGCUGCCGCCCACCAGCCCGGGUGAGCACUGUCUUGGUCACGGGCGUCACUGGUUACGUGGGAACGAACAUCCUCAAAGCUGUGCUGCGUACACCCAGCAUUUCUCGAGUGGUAGUCCACACGCGACCGUCUUCGCGAGCAACCGCUCUAGAUCGAGUUAUCCAGAGUGCGCAAACGGCGCGUUGGUGGGACGAAUCCUUCGCCCCGCGUCUUGAGGUAUGGGAAGGGGACCUCGCGGCUCCCUGUCUUGGGGUGUCCCCUGAGCGAUGGGAUCAGGUCCGUGGGUUGACGGAUACUCCGAUCGACGCCAUAAUUCACUGCGGCGCCUGGGUGCACUGGGCCCGCGACUACGCGACGCUCAAGCCGGUCAAUGUCGGCUCUACGGUCGAUCUCUUGCAGGCGAGCCAGGAAUCGGUGCAUUGUCAGGCCUUCGUCUACAUCUCUGGUGGUCCGCAAUGGGACGUGAAAGAGGGGGAUACGGACGCUCGUCUGUUACAACAGCUCCACGAGAGCGACAAGGGGUACGAUCAGACGAAACUGAUGUCCGAGCUGCUCGUGCGGGGGGCAUACUCCAUAGUGCAGGGCCAGGAGGAAACGGGUAGCAAGAGGCACGCUGCCAUCAUCAAGCCUGGGCUGGUCAUGGGGGGCUCUUCAUCGGGCGUCGCCAAUACCGAUGACUUCCUGUGGCGGUUUGUCGCCUCCAUCAUUAAGCUCCGCGCCUACAACAGCGACACAACUGACGCCACGGUCUUCGUCAGCAGCGCCGAUGUGUUGGCCGCUGUCGUUAUGGACAGUGUGCUGUCGAGCAAGGUAAGCCCCCCGGGCUGCGUUGUCCGCAAGAUUUGGGACCAUGUCCGUGAAGGCCUUCUCUGGGACAUUCUUCAGUCGGAGUUCGGAUUUCAGUUGCAACCUAUGGCGGGACCAGCGUGGGCCGCUGCGCUGCGAGCUCAGGUCACUGAGACCGGCGCCUCGCAUCUUUUGUGGCCGGUUUACGAGAUGAUC